AUGUCGCUCAAUGGGUUAGAUGGUCCCGCUGUCAUCGAUGCCUAUCAAGCCGCCUUGACGGAGGCAGGAGGAUGGCUCCUCCUCAAAUAUGCGUCUAGAGACGAGGUCACCUUGCUCGGCCGCGGGACAGGCGGUGUACCAGAUGUGCGGGCCACGGUGGAAACUUAUGAAGAGAAAUCACCUUUGUACGGCUUUUUACAAUAUCGGAGGAGGAAAGUAGUGCUCAAAUACGUCCCUGAGGGAAUGUCCCGACUGGUACAAGCUCGUACAACGGUCCAGUUCCAGUCGAUCCUUGACAGAUUCUCCCCGCAAGACACAACAUUCGAAUUCAAAGCGCCCGGCGAUCUGACUGAAAGUGCCCUUUCGUCGGCUUGUCUGUUACAUGCAGUGUCCGGAUCGAUAACGUCGUCUUCGAGUUCUCUGCGCCGUCGCCGGUUGAUGGAAAUCGCUGAAGAUGCCGAGGAAGGACCUCCAACUACUAGGGCACCGCCUAGAGUGCUUCAAACGCCAGAGGAAACAGACGAUAAAAGACUCAGUCAGGCGUCAGAUGCGACAGCGGUCCCGCCGAAAGAGAAAGGUGACGACUCGCCGAGCAUUCCUCCCGCCCCUGAAAGUGAAGUAGAUGCCCGGUCAGAAACAGCCUCCGUUCGAUCCGUUACGCGCAGGAGAUUUCUCGAUCAGUUCCAGCAAGAUUCGUUCGAACGCAGGAGCUCCACCCAGUCGAUGCGGCCGUCGCUACAAGAACUGCACUACGCAGCCCCUUACCGACAAAAAGUGAAGAUGGAAACCCGUCCGUCAGCAGAUAUCAAUGGCCGUCCCCGAACCGCUGGCUCAAUGACGCGCGGUCAAGAGCAUCGUCCCACUGCUGCCUUGCCUGCAGGUGUGCGCUCGCGAAGACCCUCUACCAAUUCCAACAGACCAAAAUCCACCCCAGACGUACCUCCAGUACCUACUUUGGCUUCUCUCAGAAACGCGCCUCCAGUCCCUUUACUCAUUCCCCCACCUACCUUGUCUAUUGCGAAACCAAAACUUUCACCGGGCGCAAAGUCGAUGAACGCGCUUCCUUCAUCUGGGAUGUCUCCAGAAAAACAACGACUAAUGAAAGCUCUUGAACUUCGCAAGAAGCAAAUGGAGAAGAAAACGCAGGAUCUACAGAAGAAGCAAGCACAGAUUACCACGACAGCGAUACCUUCGAGCGAAUCCCCCCGGGAUAAAGAAAAUACAAAACAUUCUCCAACAAAGAACGACCCGACGCUGCCCGAGACUGGGAAGACAAUGGCUGACGAACCACCUGCUGUCUCCACGAAUGGAAUCGAAGAUAAGAAACCACUAUCGGCGGAUAUUGCGAAAGCCGAUUCCGCCGUUGAGAUGGUAUCGUUAGCCUCAAAAGAUACAGAGCCUUCCAUUUCAGCCGCUGAGUCAGAGGACACCAGUAGCAACGCAAAAAAUACUACAGAAAAUCAAAAAGACGAGCAAGAAUUACGGCUGGAGCUAAAUGACGACCCUUCACAAGAUGAUGUCAAGAACGGCAUGCCAGAGAUUACAGAGAUCGGAGAAGCCUCAGCGAGUUCUGAGGAAGAAACGUUGACGCCACGAACGACUGAUUCGGAUAAUACUAUUAAAGUAUCUGGCACUACGGAUAUCGAAGAAACGCAAGAAGAGAAAACGGAAAUCACUGACGAAGCAGGAAAUACAACAGGGGAAGUGGUAGAUACUGCCGCGGUGGACACAGAGGCAGGCGAACAAUCAGAGACAUCGCAGGCUGCGGAUAAUAACGACGAUCUCUCUGGAUUGAUCACUAUAGUCGCUUCAAUGGACGAUUUAAAGGGACCAGAAACGCAGGAAAUCGCCUCUGAUGCUCCAAUCGAAGGAUCAAAACCAAUUGCGGAUGCAAAUUCCUGGGCGGAGGAUAUCCCUUUACCGCUAGGGUCCGGGGACAGUUUAGAGGAACAAGGGCCCGCUAAGUCCGCGCUAGAGACGGGCUCCACCGGCCAGGAACAACCCCUCCCGCGACCCGAAGGAGCAGAAAUCGAAAAGUCGGAGAAACAGAGACGACUCGCCCUGUUGGAGCCAAUUCGAGUCUCUACGCCUGACUUCUCAGACGAUGAGAACUUAUUAUCUGAUGAUUCAUUGAUGGAGGAGCUGAAAUCCGCCACCGUCCAGGAGGCCCAGCCCGUUUCAGUGGGUAAGGGCCCCUUAUCCCCUAAUGGGGAACCGCGGUCACCACUCGAAGCCUGGCAGACACGCGCCGUAUCCAACCCAGCUCGACGUCCGAGUGAUUUCAGCUCACUGCCGGGAGAAUCUCGAUCGAUAUCCGCGACGUUCGUGGAUAAUAACAAUCAGGCGGUGAGGCCUGUGCCGGUGAUGGUAGCCAAAAAGGUCAAUGUGUCCUCUGGUAUCUCGAAGCGUAUCAAAGCGUUAGAGAUGUUUUCAAACAACCACGACAGCGUUGCGACCCCUGCAGGAAAUGCUUCGGCUACAGGUAAUCAUCUCGCGGCACCGGGAUCAUCCGCCUUUGAAAAAUUUCGCAAGCGCGCAUCUGUGUUUUCGAAUGGUAAUCUUCCUUUAGCGACUGCUGGUACCAGGUCAUCUUUCAUUUCUACAACCGAGUCCUCACCCCUGAACCGAAGCGAUUCGCUGCCCAAUGCAAACUCCGUUUCCGUCACUGCACGCAUCGUUCGAGACCCCAGUACUCCUCCGACCGAGAUGACUGCCGAUCCACUCGAAACGAACAUCCUCAACCUGCAACGCAGUCCCCUAAUCGUGCGACAUGACUCUUCCGAAACACAAUCGUCGAACCACGUGCUAUCGGACAGCGCAACCGAUCUUCGCAAUAACUACUUCUCGCCGACAGGUCAUUCAACAAACUCGUCCAUUUCUCGUUCAGAGAGUCGAGCUUCUAUGCGUUCACAAGUUGAGGAUUGGAGUAGCAGAAACGGCUCCUCCGGAGAUAUUGGGGCAAACUCCGAUGACAAGAAAGAUUCUCGUAGGUCUCGAUUUAUGCGACGCAUGUCGGCGUUGAGAUCUCCAUCACGCAAGGAUCUGAUUAGUCCUCCACCUGGAAUAGACAAGCAACGAUUACAAUCGCCGAAUGCAGAGGGAGCCGCUCAGUCUGCAUCAGCACAUGCCGUUGAUAUCGGCGAAGUCAACGUUCAAUUCCCCGAUACAUUACUAUGGAAACGACGGUUCUUGCGGAUCGACGACCAAGGAUAUCUGGUCUUGACCCCCGGUAGUACGGACACAGGCGCUCGCAAUAUCGUCAAACGUUAUCACCUCUCCGAGUUCAAGACGCCCUGCCUACCCGAUGAAGAAAGACAAGAGCUGCCCAACAGUAUCCUGCUUGAUUUCCGUGACGGCAGCACAUUACAAUGCGCUUGCGAGUCCCGGAAAGGGCAGGCUGCUGCACUGCAGACUCUCGUCGAUGCGCACACUGCAUAUCAACACUAA